GGCCACCGCGGAAGGGCAUGCCCGACGUGAUUUGAAGACAAAGUGGAACAUGGAGGCGUUUAAAGCCAUUUUUCUCCUCUGUGUGCACGUUAACAAGUCACACUACUCCCUCGUGAUGCGUUCAAGGGCUUGAAGACUCUGAGACCUCGUUAAAGGUUGGCGAUCCCGCCUGACAUGCGGGCCUAGAAGUCAGAGAGGCUCAAACCAGGCUUCCUCACGGAAGCCGUGGAAUUAUGGGUAACCACCUGAGUGCCAUGGCGCCUCCCGGCUCCCUCCUGCCCGGCUUCCGGUGCCUGCACGUGGUGGUGAUCGGGCUGGACUCUGCCGGCAAGACCUCUCUGCUGUACCGGCUCAAGCUGAAGGAAUUCGUGGAGACCAUCCCCACCAAAGGCUUCAACACGGAGAAGGUGAAGGUGCCGGUAGGGGGCUCGCGGGCCGUCACCUUCCAAGUGUGGGACGUGGGCGGCCAGGAGAAGCUGCGGCCGCUGUGGAAGUCGUACACGCGGCGCACCGACGGCCUGGUGUUCGUGGUGGACGCCGCCGAAGCCGAGCGCAUGGAGGAGGCCAAGGUGGAGCUCCACAAGAUCAGCCGCAGCUCGGAGAACCAGGGCGUGCCCGUGCUGAUCCUGGCUAACAAGCAGGACCUGGACACGGCGCUGCCCGUGGGCCAGGUGGAGAAGCUGCUUGGCGUGCAGGAACUGUGCGCCGGAACGCUGCACCACGUGCACAGUUGCAGCGCCGUGGAUGGCCGCGGCGUGCAGCAGGGCCUGGAGAAACUCUAUGACAUGAUCCUCAGGAGGAAGAAGAUGGUCAAGCACAACAGGAGCAGGAGGAGAUGAAGAGCGCAGAGGAUGGAUGCGGAAGAACAUGUUCUUGACCGGUGGCAGCAAAAAGCACAGUUCCAUGUCGCGUUUUACAAGAUGAAUUAAGACUGAAACCUGCCACAAAUGGCGGAGGAAACAAAACGUAAUUGGGGGAGUAAGGAUUUUUUAGAAUUGCUUACAUUGAUUUAAAACUGUGCUUCUCAAAGCUUUUUACACAAACUACAACCUAAAACAUUACUAAGCUCUCCAAGUACCACCAUAAUGAGCAAUAUUCAAAUACAGUCGUGUCAUAGGCCCAAGUGUUCAUCAAAAAUGAGGCCAAGGUUUGAUUCCUGAAAAGUACAUUAACUAGUGUCAUGGAAAAAUGAAAAUAGAAAUUCAUUAAAAGGUUAAAAUUGUGCCUAAACAAGUUUUUGAAAACAAAAAGAUUAAAUGCAAUUGUACCAUAAUCAUGUUUAACAAAUGUAGUUAAAUGCAACGGAACUGUAUUUAACAAAUGUACUGGAUUAGAACAAAAGGCCACUGUAACUUGCGGUUUCAACGUUUAAUGAAGGGAUUCUGCCACGUGCCACUUGCGGGAGCCUGCGUACCACACUUUGAGAAUCACUAGUUGAAAAUGUAACUACGCUGUAUACCUCAAGCGACGAUCGAAAAACACUAUCAAUUGACUUCAACCUCUACUCUUACUGAGAUGUAUUUGGUAUCAGCAGAGCAAAAACAUACAUGUGGUGAAGUCUCAAUGGAACUCUCGCGACUAACCCGGGCUAAACUUGGCUCCUCCCUGACAUACAAAGAUCAGAAAGAACAGUCAGGGUGCGGUACUUUGACAUACUUCCAUGACACCAAUUACUACCCGUUAUCCAGGGCUUUGGCCCCAUCUUAUGGCAUCUUAGCGUAACAAAAAGAAUAUAAACCUAUGCGAGAAAGUCGAAUAAUGUAGCACGGGUUCCCCAAAAAAAAAAAACGUGAAUAUGUUCUUUUUUAAUAGCAUUAGUCUAGCUUUUCUCCAGUGCUUUUCUUACAAAACUAACAAUGCUCAGAUUUUAUUUGACACUGACAUCAAUACGUAUAAGCCGGUUCUAAUAUUUUGGUUAACCUUACUAAGCUACACGGGAGCAAAUUUAUAUUCAUCUGGCAGGAUGAUGUCUGAGGACAACAUGAGACAACAUAAAUGUCAACAUAUUCUUGUCUUUCCACUCUGCUAGACCAAAAGAGUCAAAUUCACAGCUGCAAUAAUUAAUUGGUAAGCUACUGUAAGUCACAUACAUAAAAUGCCACCUAUUUUGAUAAUGUCUUGUAAAUAUUUUCUGAUUUCCUUGGCUUGUGGACGUUGUGACAUUUUUGUAGACCUCACGAAUCGAUUCAUGGAGAAAAUGAUUAGAUGAGUUUCUAACCACUACCACUGCAUCCCUUGCUGAGUUCUGAAAUGCACAAAAGUUCCUACAAAAAAAAAAAAGUUCAGUUUUUGUGGUCAUGUCAUCUGGAAGCCACAACUAAGAGACGAUAGAACCUGUAUGUUUUUGUAACAUUGGUGACUGAAUAAAUCAAAGCGCCAC